UAUGCACAGAUGUGUUCUUAUGUUCUCUGCUGUAAAGACUGUAUAUUAAACUGUGUGCUGAUGUUGCAGCUGAUGUUAACAAUGGAGCGUUUGAUUCUGAUUAUUCUGGUGACAGUACCAGGUGUCUUGAGUGGAGACUGGAGGGUGACCUACGGAGAUCAGUGUGCUUUGAAGGGGACAUCAGUAGUUAUUAAAUGCGAGUAUGACUAUCCUUGGGGUCAUAUUGUCACUGCAGUUAGCUGGUCUAAAGCCCAGUAUGUAGCUGGCGAGUGGAAGAAGUUUCUCCUUUCACAACUCGCUUCACCUCCAAACCACUUUAUGUAUGUGGGUAACUACCGGGGUGACUGUAGUCUGACGGUCAAUGACGUUCAACACACCGAUGAAGGAGAAUACUUUUUCAGUUUUGUGACAACACUCAACAGAUGGAAAAGACCAACACCCGCUCAUUUGUCCGUAAGAGAGUUGACCUCCGCUGUGCAGCCGAGCACUGUGACAGAGGGAGGCAAUGUCAGCCUGACCUGCGUGUCAGGUUGCCUUGCACCUAUAAACAUUGUCUGGUUCAGAGAUGGACAAACUGUACCAAAUCCAGUCUUCCAGGCAGAGAGAGAGCAUGCUGGGAGGUACUACUGUGCCGUCCUGGGACAAGAGACGGCCAGAUCUGCCUCCGUGGCUCUGAAUGUUCAAUACGCUCCAAGUAAUAUCACGCUGUCAAUGAGUCCAUCAGCCGUCAAAGGAAGCUGGGCGACUCUCACCUGUAGCAGCGAUGCCAACCCACCUGUGACACAAAGUGGAUACAGCCUGUACAAAGAUGGACACUUUAUCAGUUCUGGGCAGAAUCACACCAUCUCUGACCUCCAGCCCGCCCACAGUGGACUGUACUACUGUGAGGCCUGGAAUAAUAUCAGCCGGAGGGGCAUCGACCCGAUUAACUCUACUGAGGUUCAUCUUGACGUCCAGUACCGUCCAGAAAACAUUUCUAUUUCAAUGGACCCGCCACAUGUUGUUGAGGGCAGCAGUGUGAAUCUGACCUGCAGCAGUGCUGCUAACCCUGCAGCAGACAACUACACCUGGUACAGCAGUGCUGGUUCCAGUUUCAGCUCCCUGCUCCAGGUGGGGUCAGGACAGGUGCUGUCUCUCCCUUCUGUGGAGGCGUCCCACACUGGACUCUACCUCUGCCAGGCCAGCAACCGACUGGGAGAAAACAACUCAACCGAGGUGUUGCUCGCCAUGAAGAAAAAGGGCCGUGGUCGCCACUCCCUCAAAAUCUUAGCUGGAAUAGGAGUCUCUGUUUUUGUGACAUCUCUUCUUUGGCUCUGGCUAAAAAAGAGGAGCCAUGCAAAGAAAAAAGCUCCCGCAUCGUAUGAAGAUGAGGUUUGCUACUCGACAGUGACCAUUACACCCAGAAAGCCCAGUCCUCCACAUCACGUGUACAACUCCUGGUAGGUUCACUGUCCAAACAUUGACCUGAUCACAUUACUCACAGACGGCCAAGUGAAGUUUAUAUGCGUCGGGUUAACGAUACAAAAGAAGACAUACAAAUUAUGUUUAAAAAAAACAAACACUUUGACCUUUGACCUUCACAGAGAAAAAUGAAAAAUUCCCAUUGUUGAAAACUAGGACCUACAACCUAACUGACCAAAGAAAUGUCAAAAAAGUGAAAUCAUUUGGGAUUAGUGCAGAUUUUCUUCUCAAAGUUUUAAUGAUUUGUCCCAAUUAGCAUCCCAGAUGAGCACAAAUUCGAUUCCCUCACAUCUUUGCAUUGACUCUAUAUGCCAUCACACCCCGACUGAAUCAGACUGAAUUUGCUUCACAUUCCAUCUGAAAGCACCAUCAAACUCCCUACUGAUAUUCUGUGCAGUAAUAAAAAGAGUUUAUGGAUACAGAAUAAUGCUUAGCGGAAGCAUCUGUAUGUAAGGCAUCAAUGCUGCUAUCAGCAUGUCACCAUCAGGGCAUUCACAGGCUGCACUUUAGUAAAAAGUCACUAAUAGCAAAAUGUCCUCCUCAGCUCCAAAGCUGGAGAGAAUGACGACUCCGUGAUCUACGCUUUGCUGGCUGAAUCCAGCUGAGUUUGACGGAAACCUUUCACUCCUUUGAGUGAAGUUUCAUCAUCAUCAUUAAGAAUCCUAUGCUGUGUGUCAUGUGGUUCAAAGCUCAGUCUCUCAGGAGGGUUGAAUAGAGACCUUAGGGCAUCUAUUUUGUUGUAUUUGUAUGAAUGUCUUAGCAAGGGUUUUUGUUUUUUCCACUUUGUACAGUUAUACUGAGCACCAAUGCUCAGAUUUCUGUUUUUUUUCUUCUUCCUGUAGUGUGUAGGUUACCGUUUAUUCCAGUAUGAUUAUUUUUGACUGCAGUCUUUACAGUUAGUAUUAAAGAUGUAUAAAUAAACUGUGAUAUCAUUACACAA